AUGUCGCAUAUUUCAUAUAAUAAACAAUGGCAAGAUGCACAAAUUGCCAUGGUCGAUAUGUUGGCUAUCGAAACGCCCGAACAGCCACGACUACCAGAAAACGAUAUCAAUGCAGCUUUUCAAUUAGUUGCAACUAUGUUUGUGAAAUAUGUACAAAUAUUUCGAAGAUUAGAACAAUGUUAUGAUCAAAUAGUACAUCCACAAAAACGACGAUUAAUACGUGUUGUUCUUGAUGGUUGUAUGGGACGAAUAAUUGAAUUAAAACAUGAAAUGAUUAGCAUGGAUUAUUCAGAAUAUCAUUAUUUUGAUGAUAUUCUUGCAGAUCUUAAAUUAACACCGAAUGAUCUUGAUAUUCCAAUUCCAAAUUAUUUCGUACUUGAACGUGCACAAGCAAUUGAAAAACGUGAACGUCUUCUUGGUCAAAUUUUAGCUCGAAUGACAUUAGAAAAUGAAACUCAAGAUACUAGUAGCAUCAUGACAAUGGAUGAUGCUAUUCGAAUAAUUCAAUCACAUGAACGAGCUCGUCAAGGACGAUUACGUGCUAAACAAAUAGGUGAAUUACGUCUUAAUGAUCAACGUGCACGACAACGUGCAAAUAUGGGAGAAUCAAAAAUGGAUAAAGUAUUAGCAGCAACAAUUAUUCAAAAAUAUUAUCGUCGUCAUGUUGUACGACGUGAAGUAAAAAAGUUUCGUGAAGAAGAAUAUAUGUUCUUAGGAAUGGUAAUAUUUAUUGUUUUUUGA